CGGCUCUCCUUGGCGGCAGGUCUGCAGGAAGCUCUGCACUUUCUCCGCUGUGCGCGUCCACUACCGCUAAGCGCUGAGCGCUAGUCGUGCCCGGACGCCUGCCCAGCAGCGACGCAGCAACGGUACAGUCGCAGCGGUGCGAGGUUACGGGCAGCUGGGUCGAGGUCGCCAUUCCACACCGCACCGAGAGGCGAGUACUUCUCCAGCCGCGAUGCCACAGAUGAUGGAGAACCCGGCUUUCGAACGGGACGGGUCGGUGGCCGGAAGCAGCGGCGCCGCGGCGGUGCGCAGCGUGGAGCUGGGGGCCGUGGAGGCGCCGCCCCCGAGCAACGGCGUCGUCUGCACCGACCUGUGCCGCACGCAGCUGCCGCCGCUGCCGCACAAGCAGCCGCCCAGCCCCUGGAACCGCCUCAAGACCGUCUUCCUCGCCACCAUCAUCGCCAUACUCGUCGUCUGGGUCAUCGUCUUCACCACCCUCAGCCAGCUAGGCUACUUCUAGCGGCGGGGCCUCUGUCCCCGGCUUACGUCUGCAUCUGCUGCCCUACAGCCCACGGAACAGUCGGGAUCCUCCCCCACGUCAGGAGGAGAAGCUGCACUUCCUCCGUCGACGCUGGCAUCGGCCAGAUGAACUGAGCGUCAUGUCGAGCUUUCAGCAAUACUGAACAUUCUACAUUCCACAAGCCACAGUAUCAAUCGACAGAGAGUCUAAGCUGCGAUAUUCACCUCGCUAAGCAUCCGUUCACUCCAUCACACUAAAUCAGGAGACGAAACGGGCUUUGAACACUGCUAUAUGCCACUGGUACUAGUUAGAGACAUUCCAAUUAAUUUACAGGUAAAACUGUUGGAUCGGACAUUCAGUGCAAAUAUGUGUUGUGGAGCUGGUGCUCAAAAGUCGUAAAUAUUUGAAGAAAGUUGUAUUUAAGACCCACCAAGAGCUGCUGAUGAAACAGACUUUCCCUUAUGAUCAGUAAUAUAAAAAAAUCUACUUGAGCCUGUAUGAUAUCGAUAUUAGGGUGCCGUAAAAAAGAAAAAUCCCGUGUCACUGAAACUGCUGACACUGAUAUAUACCAUGAGUUCUAUAAAUUCAUUUCAUUAUGACGACAGUUCGUGACACAGGGUUGUAUUUUGUUUUGCUUUUUGACCCCAGAGCCUUAUGUAAAUAACUUUGUUACUUGAUGAUAAUCGGCUGAUUGAAAAUGAUAGUAAAUAAAAGUUUAUUUCGUCAACAGCUCUCGGUGUUUCUUAAAUGAGGUAAAAAAUAAAGUGCGUGACCAGGGUACUGGCUUGACUGCAGGCAGAGCACCAUUUAUUCGCCGCGGCAUUAGGCCAUCGUAUCGAACACCAUUUAUUCAUGGGAAAGAUCCAAAAUCUCCGCCCCCAAUUCAGGAUCGAACCCAGGACGUCUAGGGCCGGAACCUAGUGCUCUACACGCUAGGCCACCAGGCCACCUCUUAAAUAUGACUUUCUUCAAAUUCAGUGCAAACGCUAGUUAUUUACUAUUUUCAUUCGUCGCUUUCCGUAUUUUUCUCAUUCUUUUAUUUUUCACUGCUUCGUCGUCCGAUCAUCGUAAUUAUUUUUUUUUAUCUUUCGUACAAAAUUCCAGCACUUCUUUCUGCUUGUCAGGUCAGUACAGGAAUAGGCCUUUUCAUCUUGUAUUGGUCAUUUUAUUUCGACUGUACGAACUGUAUGUUUCUCUCUCGGCUACCAACAUCACAACGAUAUUAAAUGGAAGAUGAAUGGCAUUCCUCGCUGCAUUUACCAAACAGUAACUAUUGCCUAAGCUUUUCUCUAUGGAAGACGUUCUAACAUUUCUCCUCCUUUUCAUUCGUCUCAGCCUUCUCCCUGAUUUUCUUCUUCUCUGUUUCCUCACCUUUUCUCUGUUAAUAACACUCCAUCUAUUACACAGAGCACAUCGUUCCGCUAGCCACUCCGUGGUACAGCAGCUGGUUUGCUGUCUGUUUUAGUUGUCAAAUGUGGUUGCUAAUCUGAGGUUUUUAUUUGUGCUUGUCUCUUCUGUUGGCUACCUCACAGGGUUGGUUGAGCACACAUGAUGUAGUUUAUUGCAACUACUUCUUGCUGGUUAACAUUCUCAUGUUGUGCUGGUAGUAGAGGAAGCCUGAUCGAAAGGUGCUGUAUAGUGGAAUGUUGCAGAUGGAAGCACAUUGGAUUACAUUAAAACCAUCAUGGAAAAAUUAAUCAGUGACGGUUGAGAUCUCUCUUACUGGAAUAUGAGGCUAGCGAAAUCACACACCCCUCGUCUCUUUCUCAACUCGCGUCUGAGCUUACAUUCCAAUCUGGCAGCUACUCCGAAGGGACCAAACUGACUUUGAACACUGUUGUAUUGUUUGUUAUUGUUAAUGUUUUCGUUAUUGUAAUGGUGCUUACAUUCCGUGUUAUUAUUUUUUUGCAUAAGAUUUGUAUGUGCUUUCUUCGUGGACGCUGAUUUUACCUCUAUGAAACACAAAUAUCAAAAAGACUGAGAGUAAGACACUUCUAUAAUGCUAAGUCGUUGUAAGAUAAAAUAACGUAAUGAUUAAUGUGAUAAUCUUACUUUAUGACAGCACACAUUCUAGAUGUACUGCUUGGAAUUCGAUAUAAAUCCGCGUAACGUACAAUAUUCUUUUGCCACAAGGACGUUUGAAACUUUAUAAACUUUGUUUUAAUAUGGAAAAUUUAAUAUAUUGUAUGUUGUUUGAAUAAAGCUGUUUUAUAUGAACAGUA